AUGAGCGCACCGAGCAGCGAUGCGGGCAACCCAGCCCACACACUCUUCGAGCGGUUCCUGCGCGCUGGGCAGUGCCAGGAGGUGCUGGGCACAUUCGGGGAGCUGCGUGGGCACCUGGGGCUGCAGGGCACCACGGGGCUGCAGCUCUACCGGGAGCUCAAGGCCGCCCUCAACUCGUGGAGUGCCAAGGCGCUGUGGAACAAGCUGGACAAGAAAGCUGCCCACGGGGACUACGAGCAGGGCACGGCCUGCGCCAGCACCAAGUGCCUGGUGGUGGGGGCUGGUCCCUGCGGGCUGCGCACGGCCAUCGAGCUGGCGCUGCUGGGCGCCCGCGUGGUGCUGCUGGAGAAGAGAGGCUCCUUCUCCCGCAACAACGUCCUGCACCUCUGGCCCUUCACCAUCCACGACCUGCGGGCGCUGGGCGCCAAGAAGUUCUACGGGCGCUUCUGCACCGGCACCCUGGACCACAUCAGUAUCCGGCAGCUCCAGCCGGGGCGGCUGGGGGGCGGCGCUGCAGCCCAGCUCCUCCGCGCUGAGCCGCCACCCCCUUCGCGUGAGACGCGCGGCAAACUGGCCAUCGGCAUCACCACCAACUUCGUGAACCGGCACAGCCAGGCCGAGGUGGAGGUGGCCGAGAUCAGCGGCGUCGCCCGCAUCUACAACCAGAGCUUCUUCCAGAACCUCUACAACAAGACGGGUAUCGACUUGGAAAACAUCGUCUACUACAAGGACGACACUCACUACUUCGUUAUGACGGCCAAGAAGCAGAGCCUGCUCAAGAUGGGUGUCAUACUCCAGGACAAGCCGGACACGGAGAGCCUCCUGGCACCGGACAACGUCAACCGGGAAGCCCUCCUGAACUACGCCAAGGAAGCGGCCAACUUCUCCACCAACUACUGCCUGCCCCAGCUGGAGUUCGCCCGCAACCACCGGGACGAGCCGGACGUCGACAUGUUCGACUUCACGUGCAUGACGCGCUCGGAGAACGCGGCGCUGGUGCGGGAGCAGCACGGCGCCCGCCUGCUCCUCGGGUUGGUGGGCGACUGCUUGGUGGAGGUGAGGAACCGGCCCCACCACCCUCCGUGCCUCAGUUUCCCCUCUGAAAAGGAGGCAGGGAGCUGUUUUGACCACAUACAGCCCAAUCCCUGGUGCAUCCCGGCUGGUGCGCGGGGAGGCUGAGCCCUGUGCCCGGUGCCCAGGGAGAUCAUCUACCAGCUGCUCUCGCAAACGUCGCCGGACAACACCAGCAAGAACGUGAGCCAGUACAGCAUCGACCCGGCCACCCGCUACCCCAACGUCAACCUGAACGCCAUCAAGCCCAGCCAGGUGCAGGAUCUCUACCUCUGUGGCACGGUGGAGGUGGACCACAAGGGCAAGCGCAGCGAGCGGCUCAGCACAGGUAUGAGCAGAUGGGAUUUUGACUCCCUGGAUGCGCUGGAGCCCGUGCAAAGGCACCAGAAAUUGCUGGAUGCGGCAGAGCAGGAGCUGGGCAUCCAGCCCGUGCUCUCCAGCGCCGAAAUGGCCUCCAUGACGGAGGCCGAUCGCCUGGGCCUCAUCACCUACCUCAGCCAGUUUUACGAGGCCUUCAAGCCUUCCCCAGGGUCAGAGGAUGUUGCUGCCAAGUCGCUGUCAUCCCGUGGCACCAAGGGCGCCAUCCUCUUCCUCAGCAAGCUGCAGAAGAGCCGCAACAUGACGUUGAAGCGUGCCCAGGAUGGUGCCCAGAAGGAUGCUGAACCCAAGAGGAGCCGCCGGGAGGCAGAGGUGGGUUCACGCAGGGACAUGUCGGGUGGCAGGAAAAGGCGUCAUUUCUACUGCUUGCUUCACGACAACCUCCCCACCAGCAUGGACCUGCCACACGAUGGGUCCCCGCUGCUGCCCGAGCACUUGCCGCCGGCAGAGCCCAGCAGAGCAGAGGAGCCAGAGGCAGCGCCUGAGGAAGCGAUGGAGGAGCAGGGCCCUGGUGCAGAGCCGCACGGUGAUGAGGGCGAGGAGGAGGAGGGCGACGAGAGCGGCGGCAGGAGGAAGAUCUUGCUGACGCCGCUGGAGAAGCUCAAGUUGUCCACGCUGAGCCUGACGGCCGACGCGGAGCCUGAACCGCCACCAAAGCCGGCCAGGCUGAUGCUGAGGGCCCCGGGGAGACGCCCUGGCCACUGGGAGGAUGAGGAGGAGGAGGAGGAAGGUAGCGCUCCAAAAUGGCUCUUUUCCUUGGCAGAUUUGGUGGAGAGCAGCAGCGAGGAGGAGGAAGACUUGGACUUUGGCACUGAGCCUGUGAGUGGCUCCUCCGUCCCGGUCCUGGAAGGGUCGGAAAAAUUUGCGACAUGGACGCGGCUGCUGCCCCGCCAGGCGCGGGAGGCGCAGAUGCAGCGGUUCUGCANCCCCCAGGCCAUCCAGCGGCGCCUGGAGGAGAUCGAGGUGACCUUUGGCGAGCUGGAGAAGCAGGGCAUCAAGCUGGAGAAGUUCCUGCGGGAUGAAAGCGCCUCGCCGGCCGAGCUGAGGACGCAGUGGAUGAACCAGCUGCUCUACCUGGUGCAGAAGAAAAAAAGCCUGGUGUCCGAGGAAUCCGACCUCAUGAUCGCGGUGCAGGAGCUGAAGCUGGAGGAGCAGCAGAGCCGGCUGGACCAGCAGCUGCGGCGCUUCAUGAGCAAGGAGGACGCGCAGAAGACGCCGGCGGAGCGAGCGGCCGAGCAGGAGACGCUGGCGCAGCUGCUGGAGGUGGUGAACCAGCGCAACGCCCUCAUCCACGUGCAGGAGGAGAGCUUGGAAUAA